AUGGCGGGCGCGCUGGCCAAGGUCCCCAGCACCGCCUACUCCCUGCUUCCUGCCCAGGCCCGCUUGCUGGCCGAGGCCACCUCCAAGCCGGGCGUGGUCCAGCGGGUCAUCUCGCUGCAGCUCAACUCCUUCUGGCAGCAGCAUGGGAACAAGGUGUAUGCCGUGGGCGGCAUCUUCCUGGCCUACUGCCUCUGGCGCACCAUGUAUGGGGUGGCCUCCACCUUCAUCAACCUGUCCGAAACCAUGGCGGCCGGGGGUUUCCUGGCGCUGUCGGUGUCCCUGGUCAUCCUGGGGGCGCUCUACCUGCGGCGCAAGUACACCAUAGACCCCAACACCGUCUACCGCCUGGCCAUGGUCCGCCUGAACACACACCCGGGGCUGCUGGAGGUAAUGGGCGCCCCCUUGGUGGGCUCCCCGGUCAGGGCUACGGUGCUGACAGGUGGCAAGCUGCGGUUCAAGGGCCUGGUGCCGCGGAUCCAGUCGCGGAGAGCCCAGAUCAUCUUCCCCCUGCGCGGCAGCGAACGCAAGGGGCUGGCAUCCCUGGAGGCCAAGAAGCGCAAGGGCAAGUACGUGUUCAAGCUCAUUGCUGUGGAUGUGCCCACCCUGUCCGGCCCCGACCAGCGCCUGUUCAUCGAGGGCGGGCCCGCCAUUUACCAGCGCGGCGGCAUCCUGGAUGAGCUGAGGGACCCCUUCAUCAAGGCCAUCGCAGCAGAGGACGCAUUCGUGCGGGAGGACGAGGCAGACGACGCGGCAGAGGCCGCCGAGGAGGCGCACGCCGCCGCGAACAAGGCGGCGACGGGCCCGCAGCCCCUGGAGGCCGGGGGUGGCAUGUAUUUCUGGGAGAGGGUGGCGCUGACGUGGCAGCGAGGGCUGCAGCGGCUUCGCGGCACCCCUGUCCCGCCCGCGUCACAUAAGUCGGCGUGA